AAGCAAUCAACACGCGAAACGCAAAACGCAAAAGUGGAAAAAAUGAAUAAAAUUCUGUUGUUGCUGAUGUUGCAACUGCAACUGCUGGUGGCGCCACUCUCAGCCAAUUGCCCCAUCUACUUGACCAUUUCACUCACGGGCAAAUCGCUGCACGACACUUGCCUCGAGAUCAAUUGGGGACCCGAUUGCUUUGCUCCACCCGAAUGGAUCGGCAUCUAUCGCGAGGAUCCCUCGGUGUCCAGUUUGGCACCCGAAGUGCAUCUUGCUGGCAUUCAGAAUCGCACUGGGAAACGUCUGACACCAUUCAAGCUGGGAAAACUGCAUUUCCCAGGCGGUUGGCAGCGAGAGGAGGCGGAGCACUCUUCGAGUGUCACCAGCUACUCGAAGGGCAAGUGCUUGAACUAUUAUGUGGCCAGCUACAAUGGCACCGAGCUGCUCACCAUCGACUGCCUGAAGAUUCAGCCCAAUUGGAUGGCUCAUCUUAAGGAGGCGGCUCAGCUGCCGCUCAAGCAACUCUUCUUGCCUGGCACACAUGCCUCGGGGACUUAUGUCGACACCUACAGCAAGACAAAGUCAUCCGAUGUCCAGAACUAUCUGGUGGCUCAGCACUUUGAUGUCUGGUCACAGCUCGUCUUUGGCAUUCGCUAUCUCGAUCUCAGCGUGGGUGCAAAAGUUUACAGAAACAAGAAUACAGAUAAGCGCAAAAGUGAUGCAGAUCAGUUCUGGAUAGUGAACGAACAUCAGUUUGUUAAUCCAUUGAUUGGAGUGCUGCGCGAUGUUCGUCGCUUUGUCGAACUCUCAAAGGAAGUUGUUGUGCUGGACUUUAGCUCGUUUCCGCUUGGCUUCUACAAGCAUCCCGAUGUCUACAGCAGCCUCUUUCAACUCAUACGCCAAGAGCUGGGCGACGUUGCCUACAAACGCAAUGUGUCCAGCAACGAGCACUGCGCCGAUCGCAGCUACGAGGAUCUGCGUCUAGCUGGCGGCCACGUUUUGUUGCUGUUUCCCACGCAGGAGUUGCCGCAUCCUGACAAUGAAUCUGCCCUCCUUUGCACUCCUUGGCAACGCUUCAGCACAAGCUACAUGAACAUAUCGCAAACCCUUGACUACAUGCGUUUGCUCUUCCGCAAGAAGAAGGAUUCGCCUGUGCAGGACGAUGGCUGGAUAUUUCUGGCCAGGAUGAGCUUCGAGCAUGCGUACAAUACGCGACGCAAGUUCCAGCCGGCUAAGGAACGCGCUGAGUUGGUGAAUCCAAAGGUUAAUCUCUGGUUAACGGGACCUUGGGGAUUCAAUGCAAAUGUUGUGGCCAUGGAUUUCUUCAGCAAUACCAAUCUCAUUGAUUUAGCCAUUAAUGUGAAUGCACACAAGGCCUACUUGGCAUCUACUAAAAACUUUACUAAUAUCGAAAUUCCCGUUCGUUAAAAUUCUAAACAAAUUGAAUUGUUAUUAAGCUAAAUUUUGACUGACGUUUACGAUUGGCAGCCACUGUAAGCUCACACAAUAACUAUAUCUUGUUACAAUUGACACCCAAAUAAUAUGGUCGUCAUUAAAAGAUUAUAA